AUGGCCAUCUACUUCGCCCCGCUUCCCCCACCCCUCCCCGGAUCGUUCUCUCUCCCAAGAAUUCCCCAAUUCGAUCGGCAAGUACAGCCCUCUGGCCUCAGCGGUCUGGUGGUAUGGCGUAUUGAGAAUUUUAAGCCAGUUCCUGUGGCAACAUCUUCACAUGGAAAAUUUUACAUGGGUGAUUCAUAUAUCAUCUUGAAGACAACAGCUUUGAAAAAUGGUUCCUUUCGCCAUGACAUCCAUUAUUGGCUUGGUAAAGACACUAGUCAGGAUGAGGCUGUAACUGCUGCAAUUUUAACUGUGGAGCUUGAUGCUGCGCUUGGAGGACGUGCUGUCCAGUACCGGGAAUUACAGGGCAAUGAAACUGAAAGGUUUCUCUCAUAUUUUAGGCCUUGCAUCAUGCCACAACCAGGAGGGGUAGCUUCUGGGUUCAACCAUGUAGAAGUCAAUGAUCAGGAGCAUGUUACCCGCUUAUAUGUGUGCAGAGGGAAACAUGUUGUCCAUGUUAAAGAGGUUCCUUUUACUCGUUCGUCCCUUAACCAUGAGGACAUAUUUAUUUUGGAUACCAAGUCCAAAAUUUUCCAGUUCAAUGGUUCCAACUCAUGCAUUCAAGAGAGGGCAAAAGCUCUUCAAGUUGUACAGUAUAUCAAAGAUACUUUCCAUGAGGGCAAGUGUGAAGUUGCAGGGGUUGAGGAUGGGAAAUUAAUGGCUGAUGCGGAAGCUGGUGAAUUUUGGGCUUUGUUUGGUGGCUUCGCUCCUCUUCCAAGGAAGACACCUUCAGAGGAUAAGGAAGACAGGGAAAUCGCCAUCAAAUUGAUAUGCAUCAACCAAGGAAAAUUGGAGCAAAUUAUUUUUGAAUCCUUGGCGCGUGAGUUACUUGAGCCAAACAAAUGCUACUUGCUUGACUGCGGUGCUGAAAUGUAUGUUUGGAUGGGCAGAAGUACUUCUUUGCAAGAAAGAAAGGGUGCGAGCAAUGCUGCUGAGAAACUACUCAUUGAUGAUAGCCGAGCAAAAUCACAUGUUAUCAAAGUGAUCGAGGGAUUCGAGACAGUCAUGUUCAAGUCAAAAUUUAUUGAGUGGCCACCCACACCUGAUUUGAAGUUAUCAUCUGAGGACGGAAGAGGCAAAGUUGCAGCUCUCCUCAAAAGUCAAGGAUUAGAUGUUAAAGGCUUGAUGAAAGCCACACCUGUAAAAGAAGAACCCCAGCCUUACAUUGAUUGCACAGGUCAUUUGCAGGUAUGGAGGGUGAAUGGAAAUGGCAAGACUCUUCUUUCAGCUGCUGACCAAUCAAAAUUUUACACUGGGGAUUGUUACAUUUUUCAAUACACAUAUACUGGAGAUGACAAGGAGGAAUGUCUUAUUGGAACUUGGUUCGGGAAGAGAAGUGUUGAGGUGGAGAGGGUGUCAGCGAUGUCACUGGCUAGCAAGAUGGUUCAUGCUGCAAAGUUCCAGGCUGUCCAGGCUCGGCUUUAUGAAGGGAAAGAACCAAUUCAGUUCUUUGUCAUAUUUCAGAGUCUUCAAGUGUUCAAGGGUGGCCUUAGCUCUGGAUACAAGAACUUUGUUGUUGAAAAUGAUAUUGUGGAUGACACUUACUCUGAAGGUGGGAUUGCCCUAUUCCGGAUUCAGGGUUCAGGAUCAGAAAACAUGCAAGCACUUCAAGUAGACACACUGGCUUCGUCCUUAAACUCGUCCUAUUGUUACAUUCUACACAAUGGAAACACCGUGUUCACAUGGACUGGCAACGCUACGACCUCAUUGGAUCAUGACUUGGUUGAGAGGCAGCUAGAUGUAAUUAAGCCAGAUCUGCCUUCCAGGUCACAGAAGGAGGGGAGAGAAACCGACCAAUUCUGGGAACUACUGGGUGGUAAAUCCAAGUAUCCAAACCAAAAAGUUGGAAGAGAAAAUGAAAGUGACCCCCAUCUUUUCUCAUGCAUCAUAUCCAAAGGCAAUAUAAAGGUCAAAGAAAUACACAACUUUACUCAGGAUGAUCUGAUGACAGAGGAUGUUUUCAUUCUUGAUUGUCUCUCAGACAUAUUUGUUUGGGUUGGCCAGGAGGUGGAUGCCAAAGUGAAAUCACAAGCUAUGAAUAUUGGAGAGAAAUUUCUUGUUCAUGAUUUCCUUAUGGAGAAACUAUCACGAGAAACACCAAUAUUCACUGUGUCAGAAGGUAGCGAGCCACAUUUUUUUACUAGAUUCUUCAACUGGGACUGCACAAAAUCUCUUAUGCAUGGCAGUUCAUACCAGAGGAAGUUUGCUGUCCUAAAGGAUGGAGCACCUCCAUCACUGGAAAAACCAAAACGACGAACACCAGCAUUUACGGGAAGAAGUUCGGGACAAGAUAAAUCUCAGCGUUCAAGAAGCAUGUCCACUAGCCCAGAUCGUCCACGUGUUCGUGGAAGGUCUCCAGCCUUCAAUAUCUUAACUUCUGCCUUUGAGAACACAAGCAAAAGCAAUACCAGGAACCUUUCCACCCCUCCCCCCGCUGUGAGAAAGCUUUUCCCAAAAUCUGGAGGCCCUGAACACUCAAGGGUGUCACCCAAAAAAUCAGCUAUCACUUUUGAAGGUCCCUUGAAAAGUACAAUACCAAAAUCUGUAAAAGUGAGCCAUGAGCCAGAGAAGGCGAUGCAGGGGGAAGGUGCCGCAGGCUGUGCAAAUGAAAACGAGCAAGAAGAUGAUGAAGGGCGCACGAUCUACCCAUAUGAACGUCUGACAACCACAGCUGAAGAUCCUGCCCCUGACAUCGACUUGACCAAACGAGAGGCCUACUUGUCGUCAGCCGAGUUCAAUGACAAAUUCAACAUGACAAGGGCGGCGUUCUACAAGCUCCCCAAGUGGAAGCAGAACAAAUUGAAGUCUGGUGUCCAGCUUUUUUAG